AGAACGGGUUCAAUGCCCGAGGUUUAUUUCAGAAUCCCUCCAAAGUAUUUAUUUACUAGCAAGCAUCCAUGUGGUUGUUUGAGCCGCAACACAUUCCAGCCUCCUUUUGCCUAUCUCGCGGUUUCAUCCCAUGCUUAUUGGCAGGUCGACGUUCACUCCCGCGAGGCCAGGUCCGGGUUUCCCGCCCACGUAUACGCUACUAGCCUUCGUCUAAUGACUUAAAUCUACCGCUUUCUCCAGUGUUUUGGUUCUGUUACUACUAUAGCGUUCUCAAGUUGACGCUAAAGUGUGGAACCGAAUUGUCGGCCUCACGCGGCAAGUGCUGCAACCAUGAGUAACCUGGCUAUAUCUCCUGAGACGCCUCUCCCGCCCUCCAGGUCUCCAAAGCUGCAGCGGGUACUUGCUUGUGUGCUCUGUCAGCAGCGCAAGGUCAAAUGUAACCGGAGCUUCCCGUGCACCAAUUGUAUUAAAUCUAGGGCGCAAUGUAUACCCGCGACGCAGGUCACUCAUCACCGAAAAGACAUGUUUCCCAAGCGAGAGCUGCUAGACCGUGUUAUCAAGUACGAAGACCUACUUCGUCGAAACAAUGUCCCAUUCGAACCCCUUCACAAGGAUCAAACUGGAGAAAAGCAGACUCCCAAUGCCGGUAACGAGUACGUUUCGGUCGAUGAGCAGUCGAAGGACGUGGGGAUAGAUGACUCGUCCCCCUCGGGAAAUAUUAAGUCUGAAAAAUCAGAGGAGGCCAAGGCCGUAUGGAAUGCCAUGACACAAGGGUUACGAGACCCCGCUAAAGAUAGCGACUCAUCCUCAUCUCCUCGGGACACCCCAGGCCUUGGGGUCAGGACGGCAUGGGAUCAUGUACACGAAAAUAAUGAUCUUCUCUUUGGCCCAUACAAACCCGUCGACCUGUCUAGUCUCCAUCCCAAUCCCGUCCAGAUCUUCAGGCUCUGGCAGAUAUACAUUGACAAUGUUAACCCUAUGCUCAAAGUCACACACUCUCCCACUCUGCAAAGCCGCAUCAUCGAAGCCGCCAGUAACGUGCGCAAUGUGGACCCAAACCUGCAGGCGCUCAUGUUCAGCAUCUACUGCAUGGCCAUUCUAAGCAUGAUGGACGAUUGCGAGGCCAUUUUUGGCGCAUCAAAAGAAGCCCUUUUGAAAAAGUAUCAUUUCAGCUGCCAGAAGGCUCUCCUGAACGCCAGCCUUUUACAUACAAGCAAUCGCGACUGCUUGACCGCCUUUUUCCUCUAUCUGGUGUCAGUCAGACCAAGUACCAACCCCCACUCUCUUUCUUCCCUGCUUGGCCUCGCCGUUCGAAUCGCACAGCAAAUGGGUCUCCAUAGCGAAUCGGCCUGCGCCAAACAUCCCCCUUUCGAAGCCGAGAUGCGUCGACGCCUCUGGCGGUCUCUUACAGUCUUUGACACUCGUAUUGCUGAAAUUGCCAGCAUUGCCAGCUACAGGCCAUUGGCGCUCGCUCCCACAUGGGACUGUAGAAUCCCCCUGAACGUAAACGACUCUGAUCUUCGACCGGAGAUGAAGGAUCCGCCGACGAUGCAGGCAAAAUCUACCGACGCAUUUUAUGUCGUUGUGCGAAGCGAACUCGGAGAAUUUGCCCGCCACAUCACAUAUCCCUUUGAAAUUACUCAUUCGGCCGCGAAGGCGGGAACCAAGAAUGUGCAGAAUAGUCCCAUCUCAGGGGCCGGCGGAGCACUCACCGCGCUUGAGAAGAGGAUCGAGGACGAGUAUCUCAAGUUCUGUGACCCUGAAAUCCCACUGCACUUCAUGACACUAUGGACGACACGCGCGUUCCUGGCCAGAUACAGACUCAUGGAGCACAUUUACCAAUUCUUAGACUUGACGGUCCCGCAAACGGACGCUGAGCACGACACGGCCAACGCGCACGCCAUUCGUUUCCUCGAGUGCGACACGAAAGUGAUCGCCUCACCCCUAACUAGGGGCUACAUCUGGUCGCUGCACUAUCAUUUCCCCUUCCCGGCCUAUUUCCAGAUCAUGCAGGACCUGAGAAGACGGCCGGUAAGCGAGCAUUCCGAUCGCGCUUGGGAGGUUGUGUCUGACAAUUAUCUCGCGCGUCUGGUUUUCGGGGACAAGGAACAUGGACCACGGUUCCGUGUCUUCACGUCUAUGGUGCUUCAGGCUUGGGAGGCUCGGGACGAAUUGUCUAUAAGGGAGAGCCAAUCGUGCAGCCGCCGAAGAUUGUGGUGCAUCUUAGACAUGUGCUGUCACAGGCGUCGCGAAAUGCGACUGGUGAAUAUUCAGACGAAAGGAGGGAGACGGAUGUUGAUGAUCUGUCGAUGUUUAUGCCUACGAGUUUUGGUGACGAUGGUAUGCUUAAUGGAUACGCGGGAACGGUGCCAAUGACUUCCCAGGAUGCAAUGGAUAUGGACCCGAAUAUAUUUUCCUGGCCAGUCAUGGAUUGGAGUUUUUCGAAUACAUCGGAUGGCAGAAGAUUGUACCAGGCCGAUACGACAGAGGCAUCACUUCUUAAUGGAGAACAAGGGAUGGCUGCGGGUCAAAGUUCUUGGAUAUGAGCCUCAGGCAGAGUGACCAAUCGAUCGAUAUCGAUCAACAUCAUAUUCAUCCGAUCAGUACCGGUACAGAUUACUAAGCAACCGGUAUCGAUCGGUAUUGAUCACAUAUAACCGGUCCGGUCAGAUAGAGGUCGGAUCGAUCAAUAGCGGUUGUACGGAGUU